CACUUUAAUAAAUUAUUAAUGCUUCCAUAGCAUAUUAUUUGUGAAUAUUACAAUUUAAAUGAUUUAUUUUAAUAAUUAAACAAUAAAUUUAUAAAUAUUUUAAUAACUUCACUUUAAUAAUUGAAAUUAAAAAUAUAAACUUUGUAAAAAAACUAAUGCAGAUGUGGGAGGGAAUUGAGAAUUGAGAAGUUUUUUGGUAAAAUAAAAAUAUUACUGAAUUAAACGAUUGAGUGAAGAGGAAAAGCGCGCACUGCUUUCAGUAUUAUAGUAUUAGUUUCUAUGACAACGCAAAAUAUGUUUAUGAGCCGACCGUUUUGAAAAUAUAACACACGAUAAAAUUUAGAUUCGUUUACAUUAAAUUAAACUGAAUUUAAGUAUAUUAAAAUGUCAAGCGCACCAGAGGAGAAAAUUCAAGAUAUUGUAGAAAGAGCGCCGCCAAAACCUUACAAAAUGAAAAGACACAAAUCGGCACACAGAGACAGGGUAGUCAAGGAGAACGAGUACCUGAAAAAGGCCCGCUCCACAAUGGGCAACGCAGAGGAACCGCUCCCGGAGCCUUGCAACUUUUUGAAAAAAUAUUCGAGGAAAGAAUUGAAGAAAGAAACGGACGAGCCUAGGUGUUUGUUGAAUUCAUUGAAGCCUCCAUUACCUCGUCCUGCGUGCAUUCACCGGAGGGACGAGAAGAAUUUUCUAGCAGAUAAUAUUCAGAGCAUUCCAAGUGUGGAGCCAAAAUACACAAAACCGAAAGUAGUUGAUUCGUACAAUGGAAAUUUGACCACUCUUCGCCAACCAAAAUACAUUUUUAAAACGAAUUAUGGAAAAUCUCCUGGAUUUGCAAAGCGAUUGAAAAAGAAACCGGCAGAAUCAAGCUCUAAAGGUCAGGACACUACUAUGCAAAUGAUGUCUCAUGAAGAGCGCAGCAAACUAAUAAAGAAUUUGGAGAAGAGUCUCAAUGAUAAAAAUUCUGAAUUUCUGCUGAUGCCAGUGAUAAUAGACACUCCAUAUCUUAUCAACAAAAAGAAGAAACUUGAAAAAGAAAUAGCCCAAAUCGAAGAGGACUUGCAGCUGAUUUCGUCUAAUUUCGACAUUUACAUUUCAGAUGACUAAAAGGGAAAUUUUUUAACAGUAAUAUGUUUUAUUCAAUUUUCAACGCACCCAUAAAAAUAUAAAAUGUUUAACCUUUGCUCUAAAAUCUAAUGCUAAAUUGACGUCACAAAUUGUAAAAAGAAACUUUAAACGUGCCGUUCUCAAGUGAUAUCACACAAUGCUUGAAAAUUUCGUCAACUGGCAGCAAAUACACUUUACAAGCGACUUGACGAGGACAACCUGCUCUGCAGUUGUGCCCAGGCGCGUUCGACUUGCUUGUCUGUGUGCUCCGGGCUCCAGCUCGGACUGAACACAAUGUUGGCCAGUCGCACAUGAUCGCUGUUGGGGGGCUGAGCCGCACACCUAGCUUUGCUAUCUUCCUCACUCAAAUUGUCUCUCUCUUGCAAUCGCUUAAUUGCCUUAAAAUUAGAAUAAAAUUUUAGUUUCAACAUUAAAUA